AUGGUAGGCCCUCUUGACACACGAAGGCGGGAUAAGCGCUGCGAGUAUCACAAAGAUCAUGGCCACGAAACUGAAAGUUGCUACGCAUUAAAGGAUCACCUGGAGGAACUGGUGCAAGAUGGCCAGCUGCAACAGUACGUAAGAAAAGGAAACCCAACCAAGGCACUAGCCUUAAGACAAGAUUCACUUCCACUUGGCGUGAUCCAUAUGAUAUAUAGCCUGCCAGCACCUCUAACCGUGCACACAAAUCAAUCGCAUCCAGUCCCCCGAGGGCAGCAUACUCCAACCAAACGGCCUAAAAAAGCUCUGAGUAUUGCCUUCAACGAUUAUGAUCUUGUCGGCAUGACAAUCUCCCACAUUGAUCCGUUGAUCAUCAGAUUACGCAUAAACCAGUUUACCAUCGAACGCAUUCUCGUAGAUCCAAGGAGUACAUCGGAGGUUUUGUAUUAUGAGACCCUCAUCAAACUUGGCUUCAACAAGUCAGAUCUGUCUCUGGGGCCUUAUCCGUUAUUCGGCUUCAACAUGAAUCCAAAGUACCUAUUGGGGAAGAUCAUACUACCUGUUCGAGCGGGCUCCGGAACAGUCAAGCCCGUGGUGUUGAAGAGAUUUGUGGCUGCCAGCAGUCAGCAUGAACAGUUUUAUGAAAGUUCUAUUACCGACCCGACUUGUGGGCUUUGA